GGACCUGACGGCGUGUAGGAAAAAUGAUGAUGGAGACACAGCUGUUGUUGUUGAAAAGGACCAUUUUAUGGAUGAUUUCUUCCACCAGGUUGAGGAGAUUAGAAACAGUAUAGCUAAAAUUGCUCAGUAUGUCGAAGAAGUAAAGAAAAACCACAGCAUCAUUCUUUCUGCACCAAACCCAGAAGGAAAGAUAAAAGAAGAGCUUGAAGAUCUAAACAAAGAAAUCAAGAAAACUGCUAAUAAAAUUCGAGCCAAGUUGAAGUCUAUUGAACAGAGUUUUGAUCAGGAUGAGAGUGGCAACCGGACAUCCGUGGAUCUUCGGAUACGACGGACCCAGCAUUCAGUGCUGUCUCGGAAGUUUGUGGAAGUGAUGACAGAAUAUAACGAGGCACAGACUCUGUUUCGGGAGCGGAGCAAAGGGCGCAUACAGCGUCAGCUGGAAAUAACUGGAAAAACCACCACCAAUGAUGAGCUAGAAGAGAUGCUGGAGAGUGGGAACCCUUCCAUUUUCACCUCAGAUAUUAUAUCAGAUUCACAGAUCACAAGACAAGCUCUCAAUGAGAUUGAGUCACGUCACAAAGAUAUCAUGAAAUUGGAGACCAGCAUACGAGAGCUGCAUGAGAUGUUUAUGGACAUGGCUAUGUUUGUUGAGACUCAGGGUGAAAUGAUCAACAACAUAGAAAAAAAUGUUACGAAUGCCACAGACUAUGUAGAACAUGCUAAAGAAGAAACUAAAAAAGCUAUUAAAUAUCACAGCAAGGCAAGAAGGAAAAAGUGGAUAAUUGUUGCUGUGUCAGUGGUUCUGGUGGCCGUGAUUGCCCUAAUUAUUGGUUUGUCAGUUGGCAAGUGAUGAUGCGGAUGACAACAAAGUGCAUGCCCUCUGCCAGCGCGGCAAAAAUGCUGUUCAUUAUUAUUUGUGUAAUUAUUUUGCUUGUGAUCCUUGGAAUUAUCCUAGCAACAACAUUGUCAUAGCAACCCUAUCCCAAGAGCUGUUUAUCCUUGGAGACUCAGACCACAUCUGCAGCAAAGUCAGCAUCCCAUCAUUUCAUGAGUGAACCCUAGGCGUUGUGAUGCAUGGCACUGCGUGCUGAUUUUUUUGUUAGUGACUCCAAGGACAAAGCACAACAAGGUUUUUGCUCAGUGCAGAUGCUGGAGGCAGAAUGUAUGGGAUGAGUUAACCCAGCAUCCUUGGAUUCUACUGAACAUACCGCGAAAAUUUAACAAUGUGAUACUAGUUUCAGUGGCCUUACAGUAAGGAAUCAUUGAAAAUUUCAAUUUUUUUAUAUUUCAGUGUUAAAAUUUUAUGUGAA